GAAAAGAAAGAAAGGCAGCGUUUUUAUUCUCUUGGUUUUGGAGUUGAGAGUGAGAGAGAGAGAGAGAGAGAGAGAGGAAGAGAAUGGGAAGGGAAUGGGGGAUCUGGUUCUUCUUAGCUUGCAUUUGGUUAUCUAAUCAGAGCUUUAUCAAUGGCGACACAAACGCAACUGAUGCUGCUGCUCUCAAUGCAUUGUAUAGCAGCCUGAAUUUACCACCUCAGCUUACAGGGUGGACACAGAGUGGUGGUGACCCAUGUGGCCAGUCAUGGAAAGGAAUUACUUGUUCUGGCUCAUCAGUUACUCAAAUAAACUUAUCUGGUUUGGGGCUUAAUGGGAGUAUGGGCUACAUGAUAUCUAACUUGGCGUCCUUGAUUGAACUUGACUUGAGCAACAAUAAUCUUGGUAAUGGAAGUCAAAUACCAUAUAAUCUUCCCUCGACUCUCCAUAGACUGAAUCUUGCUGGGAACCAGUACACUGGCAAUAUUCCUUAUUCCAUUGCUCUGAUGCUCUCUCUUGAACAUCUAGAUCUUGCUCACAAUCAACUACAAGGUAGUUUGGCUGAUGUGUUUCAGCAACUUACAAAUCUCUCCAUGAUGGACCUCUCCUUCAAUAAUUUUUCAGCUGAACUCCCACAGAGUUUUAGCUCCCUUUCAAGUUUGAAGUCCUUAUAUUUGCAAAGCAACAAGUUCUCAGGCCAGAUUGACGUUCUUGCUGAUCUGCCACUACAAGAUUUAAAUGUUGCAAAUAACAACUUCAGCGGAUCGAUUCCUGACCAGUUGCUGAAAAUAAAUAAUCUUCAGAUUGGGGGUAAUCAAUUUAACGUCACAUUCACACCACCACCACCAUCAAAUAAAACUCCACCUGGCCGACGAGCAAACCCUAGCCAGAGCUCAGGGCGCGAUAGUGGUUCAUCUAGUGAUAGUGGAGGUGAAAAGAGUUCUGGUAUAGGUAUUGGAGGCAUAGUUGGAAUUAUUGUAUCAGUUCUAGUCAUAAGUUUCAUUCUCGUGUUCUUGCUGAUAAGGAGAAAAAAAAGUGAAGCUUCCUCUAAAGGAAAUCGAAAUCCCGAGCAAGACCAGCUUUUCACACCCCUUCCUUCUUAUGAAGUUAAAGAGAUGAAGCAGAUCCAAACAUCUUCUCUGGUUAGCACAAAUGUGGUGCAACCAACUACCCCUAUUACCCUAAAGCCUCCGCCAAGGCAAAAAUCAUUCGAUUCUGAUGAAUUUUCAACAAAGGCUGUUGUGAAAAAUGCUACUCCAAUUUCCAUAAAGGCAACUGUCUAUUCUGUUGCUGACCUCCAGAUAGCUACAGAAAGCUUCAGUAUAGACAAUCUCAUAGGUGAGGGGUCUAGUGGGCGUGUUUAUAAAGCUCAGUUUAUUGAUGGAAAGGUUCUGGCUGUGAAGAAAAUAAAUUCUUCGGCCUUGCCCAACCAAUCUUCUGAGGAUUUCUUGGAGGUGGUUUCAAAUGUCUCACGGUUGCAUCAUCCUAAUUUGACGGAGCUUGUGGGCUACUGUUCUGAGCAUGGGCAGCACUUGAUGGUUUAUGAGUUUCACAAGAAUGGAUCACUUCAUGAUUUCCUUCACAUCUCUGAUGAAUACAAGAAGCCAUUGUCUUGGAAUGCCCGUGUGAAAAUUGCACUAGGGAGUGCACGGGCAUUAGAGUACUUGCAUGAAGUUUGCUCACCAUCAGUUGUCCACAAAAAUUUCAAGUCGGCCAAUAUUUUACUUGAUGCAGAGCUUAACCCUCAUCUUUCAGAUUGUGGGCUAGCAACGCUAAUUCCCGAUCCAGAAUAUCAGUCGGUGGAAAAUUCUAUGAGCUCUGGAUAUAAAGCCCCUGAGGUUGCAAUGUCGGGGCAGUAUACUCUGAAGAGUGAUGUCUACAGUUUCGGUGUGGUCAUGCUAGAACUCAUCACCGGGCGGAAACCUUUUGACAGCUCAAGACCGAGGUCAGAGCAGUCUCUAGUUCGGUGGGCGACUCCCCAGCUCCAUGACAUUGAUGCAUUGGAUAAGAUGGUUGAUCCUGCACUUAAGGGACUAUGCCCUCCGAAAUCACUCUCAAGAUUCGCUGAUGUGAUUGCACUGUGUGUUCAGCCUGAGCCAGAAUUUCGGCCACCGAUGUCAGAGGUUGUCCAGGCAUUACUUCGUCUGGUUCAGAGGGCCAACAUGAGCAAGAGGUUGUCAGCUGGAGAUGAUGACCAAGAUUUGCAAGAGUUUACAUUCUAGAUCAUAUUUGAGUAUUGAUGCCUAUACUCGUUUCCCAACCAAAAUAGCUCCUUCAUUUCAGGCCUUUUCUUUGUUCCUCUUUUUCAAGUGUUAAUAGGAAUGAUGUUCUGAAACA